AUGAAUUUGCCGGCUCAGGUUGUCUACUUCAUUCUGAAGUCUUCCAUGGUUCGGAAGUGUAUCGCUGCCUACGCGUCGCUAUCCAACAAGGUGUUUGAGAAGAAGAGCCACAGAGUCAAGAUCAAUGGCCAGCUACAGGGGAGGUUCGACAGCGCGGCGCUCGAGCAGGCCGCCAAACAGACACUGGCGGGCACUAGACGCAAUAAGAACACCCUUCUCAAAGAUUCCCCCGAUGGUGCCUGCAAAGUCCUCGUGUGCGCAACGAGCAAGGAGACAGGAGACACGGUGUGCUUGACGAGCUACCGCCCCGCCCGCGGGGUUGCACACCUGCACAACUCCACCACGGUCUGGCAAGCCUGCUGGGCGACGUCUGCCGCCACCACUUUCUUCGAUCCGAUCGCCAUCGGGCCCUAUUAG